AUGGUGUUUCUAACAAAAAGCGGCGGCGGCGGCGCCAAGCCGGGAUCGAUCCCCAAGCAUAUCUCCCUCAUCACGUUGACGUUUCAAAACUCUGCGCUGAUCCUCAUUAUGCACUACUCUCGAAUUAUGCCCCCUUCUGGCGACCAUCGAUACUUUACCUCGACGGCCGUUUUGCUACACGAAAUCAUCAAGUUUGCCAUUUCUCUCACCGUUGCCAUAUACGAAGCCUCCAAGACGCUUGCGCCCAGCACGCCUGCCACCGUCCUGUUUGAACAAAUAUAUAACGGAGUCUUUUCCGGAGACGGUUGGAAGCUGGCCAUGCCGGCCGUCUUCUAUACAUGGCAAAAUCUGCUGCAAUAUGUUGCCGUCGGCAACCUGGACCCGGUUCAUUUCCAGGUCCUGUACCAGCUUAAAAUCCUUACCACAGCAAUCUCUAGCGUCUGGCUUUUGAAUCGCUAUCUGGGCAUCACACGCUGGAUUUCCCUCAUCAUCCUCACAGCUGGCGUUUCCGUCGUCUCACUUCCGUCGGCCGGCGAAUCCCUCGAGUCUCUCUUCCUCCACGGCGUCGCCGACCACUUCUUUCCUCGAUCCCAACACGAGCUCGGCUUCCAACCCAACACGGAAAACAGCGAACCGCCUGCGCAUCUCAGUCGUCGCUCAGCUAGCUACGAAGGGAUCAACAGCGAUCAGUUUCAGUCGGAACCGGUCAUGAACUACUCGGUCGGACUGACGGCAGUUCUCAUCGCUGCGAUCGUGUCUGGCAUUGCUGGUGUCUAUUUCGAAAAGAUUCUCAAAGAGUCCCCGUGCCACAACAGCGUUUGGAUUCGAAACUUGCAGCUAGGCGUCUACUCGAUCCUCGCUGCAUUCUUCGGCGGCAUUGUCUGGCAGGACGGCGCUGGCAUCAUGGAGCACGGUUUCUUUGAAGGCUACAACUGGGUUGUGUGGUGCACCAUUGUGCUGCAAGCGGCUGGAGGUGUGAUUGCCAGCAUCGUCAUUAGAGAUGCCGAUAACAUUGUCAAGAACUUUGCCACGGGCAUUAGUAUCGUGGUCAGCUUCUUUGUCAGUGUCUGGCUAUUCAACUUUCCGGUGACCACCACGUUCCUCCUUGGCACAUCGCUGGUGCUAGUUGCUGUCUGGCUUUACAGCGCUCCCGAACGUGGCCGUUCUCGGCCUGCUCCUCUGCGCAUCGCCAGCUUUGAAAAACCUGCCAUUGAGAGGACAUUGACCCCAGGCUCAACCCCGCGGACUGCUGACCCUAGGAGGCUCAACAUGGAUCCGUUUGACGCCAAGGGUCUCUCGAGUAGUCGUCCCAGCAGCCCGGCGCCCACGCCACGGCAAGUCAGCCGCACCGGCUUGACAAAGCAGCUGUAG